AUGAGAGUCACAUCAGUUCUGACCGGCGUAGUUCUUCCCCUAGCCGUAUAUGGCGGGCUUGCUAAAAGCAAGGCACCUGCUGAGAAGCGCUAUCUUCCUCGAUCCAAUGAAACAGACUCUCAUGGUAGCAUGGAAACUGCCGUUGUGACCGAACUGCAACUCGCAGAGUCUUCUUCGUCGUUGGAGUCGUCCACAUCUACCGCGACCACCGAAACCGUGACGCAGCUCGUGGUUAUGGCUCCUACACGAUCUGCCCACGCCACGGCCAACGUUGAGACCGUCACCCAAUUGCUAAUGACUGAGGUAAAGACAGAUUCGCCCUCGGCCACCAUAACCUCAAUGACGGCCACCGAGUCGAAAGCCCCAGACCACAUGUGGCACGGUACGAUGCCGUCCAACGUGGAGCACGGCUUCCAAGAAGACAGCAUCGAUUUUAAAUGGUGCAAAGCCCACAAUGACACCGCUUCAUGUGGAGCGAAAAAGCUCCUUUCCGGCGUUUGUUAUGAUCUGGAGGUUUUUGCGGAAGGCCUGUCCAACAACAUUGAGCUAGUCAGUGUCAGAGGCGGCCAAUGUGUUCUGUGGGAGAAAUAUGAUUGCCGUGGGAAACACAGCAGAACCUUCCGAGGCCGCGAAGUGGUCGCACACGACCUCUGUUUAAGGCAAAACUGGAAUACUAAGGCUACAUCCAUCAAAUGCUGCUUUGGCCCACCUGGUUCGAGGUUCUGCGACGUCAAGAAACCCCCCAAAUGCAAGGACUGAGCCUAAAGAGCAUUUUUUACUCGGUGAUUUGAGUUUGGGGCCUGUAGUCUAGAGGCAUAGAGUGCCUUGGUAAUGUGAGGAAAGGCAUCGAGUGCCUUGGUAAUGUGAAGAAAGGCAUCGAGUGCCAUAGUAAUGUGAAGAAAGUGUUUUCCUUAUAACUUAAUAGUUUUCAGAACCCAAAAUAAUAAUUGCCUUUUGUUUCACUUCACAUCAACCUUUUCUCGUACCAUGAGUCUGUCCCAUGCUCUCUACCAUGCACGACCACACGUGAUAUCGUGAAAGGUUCGUGAAUCUCGAGCGCGCUG